CUUUUUCGGUGGGGACCGCUGUGAACAAUACACAACGUCAAAACAAAAUGCGUAAAGACUAAGAAUAUCGUGCAAAAAUAAAUCGAAAUUUAGUAUGACGACAGUAAAUUUAAAUCCAAAGAAAAGUCCCAACUUUUUAACCAAACAUGGCAGCAAUCAAUGGGUAAAAUUAAAUGUUGGAGGAACAUACUAUUUGACCACCAAAACGACAUUGUCUCGAGAUCCAAAUUCGUUUUUGUCACGACUUAUAUCCGAUUCAGAUUUGAUAUCAGACAGGGAUGAAACGGGAGCGUAUUUAAUCGACAGAGAUCCGAGAUAUUUUGCCCCAAUUUUGAAUUAUUUACGUCAUGGUAAAUUAGUGCUAGAUGGUUUAUCGGAAGAAGGAGUGUUAGAGGAAGCUGAAUUCUACAAUGUGACCCACUUAAUUGGAUUACUCAAAGAAUGCAUUACACUUAGAGAUCAAAGACCUGCCUUAGACAAAAAACGAGUGUACAGAGUAUUACAGUGUCAUGAAAAUGAAUUGACACAGAUGGUGUCCACAAUGUCCGACGGCUGGAGAUUCGAGCAAUUAAUAAACAUCGGAACUCAAUACAAUUACGGUUCGGAGGAGAAUGCCGAGUUUCUGUGCGUCGUUUCGAAGGAAUGUAUAGGUUCCACCGUUGGCCGAGAACAGGAAUCGAAUGAUCGGGCCAAGGUUUUGCAGCAGAAAGGCUCGAGAAUGUAGGACAGUAUGUCGCGGGGACGAUUGGUGGUACUUUAAAUAAUAAAAUACAAAAACAAUGCGUCAAACAGCAAAAUGAAGAAGAAGGAGAAGAUGCAAAAAUGCUAAAAAAUAAGAAAUAAAAAGGAAAACAAAUAAAAUCGUAAACUAUUAUAAUACUUACUCAUCGUUUUCGAGUUUCGACUGUCGAUGCAAACCGUUUUUUUUUUAGAGAAAUUAUUACGUGGAUUCGGAUUGUUUAUGAAAUAAAUAAAUAAUAAAAAACAAACGCGAAAGCUAAAACAAAAUAACAUAAACAUCGUCGUUCAAUAGAAUUAACCAAAACUACUCGAAAUUAUAUAAAAAUAUACCAGUGACGAAAUAAUAUGUUUUUUGUACAAUAAAAAUGAAAAAA